GGGGGGCGGCCGUGAGGGCAGAUCCAGUCCAGUGGGCCCAUUUGGUUUUUCACUGAGAACACAAAUAUCCCGUGUUUUCCCAUAUAUAUCACCCUGUCUCCUUUUCUCCCUUUCCCUUCUUCCCAGACAUAAUCACCAGCCCCAAGUGUUUCUAGUUCUUCACCCUCCAGCUUCUAGGACCAGGUAUCACUUAAAAGAGCCAGAGGGGCCGAACCUCAGUUCCCGCAAUGGGCCAAGUGGAAUUUGAGCUGGCCUGCGCCACUCUGAAGCAGUUGAAGGGCCCUGUGAGUGAUCAGGAGAAACUGGUGGUGUACAGCUUCUACAAACAGGCCACCCAGGGCGACUGCAACAUCCCUGCCCCGCCUGACACAGAUGUGAAAGCCAAGGCCAAAUGGGAGGCAUGGAAUGAGAAAAAAGGGAUGACCAAGAUGGACGCCAUGAGGAUCUACAUUACUAAAGUAGAAGAACUGAAGAAAAAGGAAAAUGGUUAAGGGGGACAAGGAGUCAAACAAUGAAGUAGCAGGGCUCCUCUGGUAGGGAAAUGGGCUUCUUAAAAGACCUUGAUGGCUGAAAUGUCCCCAAACUGUGGCUACCGUAGCUGAGACAUCAAUAAAUCUUUUAAAAACUGCA